GAAAAAAAAAAAAAAAAAAAGGCAAUCCACCCCACCACCACCGCCCAUCCUCCGGUUGUUGAUAUAUUGACGUGUAACCUAACCUUCAAAAAAGUUUGACAAAACCGGCUCCCACUGAACAAUACUCAGAUACUCAACAAAUCAGUAUCGGCUGGCCUUGUCUCUUGUGCCUCAUAAUCGUAGAGAAAAUGGCCGUUUCGACAGGAGCAUCCUUCGUGCUCUCACUCCUUCUUUCUGUUGUCGUAUUUUCCGGCAUGCAGAUGUACAAAAGCUGGUUUACUUCAACUCAACUGCACACUGUGUUUGGAGGAUACAUAUCUUCAGUUCUAUUUCUGCUGAUAUUGACUUCUAUCGGAAAUCUUGAAAGCAUAAUGUUUGGAAAGCAUUUCCAAGUCAAGCUCUUCCCAGAGAUAUUUAUCUGUUUCAUCAUGGCACUGACUGCAGCAGGAUCCGUGCAUAGAGUAUGCGUCACCACUGGGUUUGCCUUUUCAUGUUUGGGCCUUUACUUUGUCAAUGGUAUUUCUCAGAAAACUUAUGGAACCACCAAUGUACAAACUGCACCAGCAAAGAAACGGAAAUAGAGCAUGUAAGUGAUGUCCUUUGAAGAAAUACACGUAGUUUUAACGUGGGUUAAAAAAAAAGUGCUAAAGUCUGAACAAAGCAAUGACACUUCUUUUGUAUGAAAUAUGAAAAUAAUAAAUUUAUCACAGCUGU